GUCGGCUUCCUUUUUAUUAUGCGUACUGCCCAGUCAUUCCUGUCCACUCUUGUCUCUGUCGUCCUUCCAAGUCAUCCUCGUCCUGUGUAUUCAUAUCCUCUCCCGAAAAAAAGUACCCCACAAUGAAUGAAUAGAAGCUUGUCCAGAAAUCAGUGCUUGACGAGUUUCCUUUGUCACUCUACUUCCUUCCUCUCUUUUUCCUCUUUUCCUCUUUUCCUCUUUUCCCCUUUGUCGAGUGAUUCACCUAAUUCCAUCACCAACUCCAACAAUUAAUUGCUCCUCGACGUCGACCGCCGUUUUUUCGCUUCAUUUCUGGCCUUCGCCAUUUUUAUUUUAUUUUAUUUCUCAUUCAUUUUUCUCUGCUGGCUCAGAACUACUAGCAUCGGCUUCUUACAUUCUUCGAUAGAAUCAACAUGUUUUCCUCACGGAAUCGCAAGGAGGAGGCGGCCUACCCGGCCGUCCCCGACUCUCUCAGGUCGGACUCGCUCAAGAUGGCGGAACUUAGAAAGACGCAACAAGCGCGAGCCGACACUUCCCCUGCCAUAACACCAUACCUCAGUCUUCAAGCCAGGCUCUCUCAGAUCUGGCUGAACCGCUGGACGAUCUUGCUAUUACUCGUCCUCCUUAGAGUCAUCCUGCUCAUCGCCAGCCUCAACGACAAUGUCGACGACGCGAAUCAAAAAGCACUCUCUGCUUGCACAAAGGUCGAAGAUAUCGGCAGCGCCAUGGCCUCCAUGCCUCACUACCUCUCUGUCGGCGUCAACGAGCUAUCAGCCAAGGGCAUCGAGAAGACCCUCGACGGCAUGGUUGCCGCACUAGGUCUAAUCCUUACUGGUGUCCAGAAUCUCAUCAUCUUCGUCAUCAACAUGAUGACCUCGAUGUACACCUGCCUCAUCACUGCCUUCAUCCAUGGCGGUCUUGACGUUGCCUCUGACGUGACCAAGAAGGUCACCGACGCCAUGAACAAGGUGGUUGGCGACAUCAGCAACACCAUUGAUGGUAAGGCCAAGAGUCUCUCAGACGGCAUCAACAAGGCCGUGGACGCAAUCGAAAACUCCGUCCUCGGUAGCGUUCUGCCUGACUUCCCCAAGGUCGACUUCUCUGGGCCCGUCAAUGACCUGCGCGACAUCAAGAUCGACUCCAGCGGCUUCGUCAGUGACAUCAACAAGCUCAACGACGACCUGCCCACCUUUGAGGAGGUUCAGAAUAUGACGGCCCAGGCCAUCUCGUUCCCUUUCAACCUGCUCAAGCAGACUGUCAACGAUGCCUACAAGGGCUACAAGUUCGAUCGAUCAGUCUUCCCUGUCGCCCAAAAGCAGGCGCUCCAGUUCUGCUCGACCAACAAUAACAUCUCCGACUUCUUCAACAACCUGCGAGACAUGAUUCAGAAGGCUCGCAUUAUCUUCAUUGUCGUUCUCUGCAUCUUGGCUGUGUUGGUCAUUGCACCCAUGGCUUGGCUGGAGAUUAGGCGCUGGAGACGCGAGCGAAAGCACGCUCAGAUCAUGGCGAGCAACCAGUACGACUCGAUGGACGUGGUCUACAUCGCCUCCCGCCCAAUGACCGCUACCUGGGGUAUUAAGAUUGCUUCCAAGUUCAAGGGCCGUCGCCAGAUCUUGGUUCGCUGGGCAAUUGCGUACGCCACAUCACUUCCCGCUCUCUUCGUCCUGUCUCUUGCUAUUGCUGGCUUCUUCUCCUGCUUGUGCCAAUACGUCUUGCUCAAGGCUGUCGAAAGAGAAGUGCCCGCCCUUGCCAACCAGGUCGGUGAAUUCGCCGGGGAAGUCGUCACCUCGCUCCAGGAUGUCUCCAAGCAGUGGGCCGACGAUGCCAACGGUGUCGUGCUGUCUACACAGAACGAGAUCAAUCAAGACAUGCUCGGCUACGUCACGAACGCUACUUCGGCGGUCAACGACACGUUGAACACAUUCACCAACACCAUGACAACUGGUCUGGAGACUGUCUUCAACGGCACCAUCCUGAUUAACCCCAUCAAGGACGUCAUUCGCUGCACUAUUGGCCUCAAGGUCGAGGCUGUCCAGAAGGGACUUACUUGGGUCCAUGAUCACUCGCAGAUCUCGUUCCCUCUCUUCGACAACGAUACCUUCAGCCUCGGCGCUCAAGAGUCUAUCUCGGGCGACUCAGAUCUCAAGACCUUCCUCUCGUCACCCUCAAGCGUGUCAACGGACGAGGUGACCGGUGCCGUGACUCACGUUACCGACAUGCUCCGACGGGGCAUCAUCAAGGAAGCGCUCAUCUCUACUGGCAUCCUUCUCAUCUACGUCAUUGUCGUUCUCAUCGGCAUCAUCCGCGCCUUGGUUGGCAUGGCUAUGCCUGACAAAGGCCGUGGUGAGGGCGGUUUGCGCUACACCGGAGACGACCGCCCAGCGAUGAGUCCGAGAAGCCCGCCCAGAUACCAUGGCAACGACUCUCGAUUCCCACAAUUUGGUAGCGACGCGUCUGCUGUGGACGAUGACCACUACUCGGGCAUGCGAGAUGAGAAGGCCCUAAAGAAGACGAGCGUGCAGAGCGGCAGGGCGCAGCCCACAGAGGGUCAUCAACGACAAAGCUCGUAUGGGCACCUCGACACAGCAUCAUCAACCAAGUUUUAGAACGGUAUCUACGAAGUAUCAACAACAGAAGGAGAAAAAGACAAAAAAAGACAAAGAGGUUGGAGACCUUUAUACCUCCGGCCUGGGCUGGACCGAGCGCCGAGAGAUACCCCUCAUUUACAACAGGUCUGAAAGAGAGAUAAUACGAAGAGCAUGAUAUUUGGGCGUUGGACCAUGACUAUCAGGUAUUUCGAAUUUUUGAUGGAAUGGGAAAGGGAUGGAGAGGGAAUACUUCAAAAAGAUACCAACGGCUCAGUCGCCGCACCGUUUGUUUUCGAUUCUACGAAGAAUCUCAUUUUUUGCGCUCUGAUUGACACCAGUCAUCAAACCUACUCAUUCCCUGGAAUGAACUUUUGGUUCUGUAGCAGCGUCACCGACUGCCAGGAUGUCUACUCCGGUAUAUACCUCUAGGCAGUUCAAGAUUCAAUAUACUGCUAGCUGCAACCAAA